AUGAGGGCUCGUGGGCUCGCGCUCAAGCCGUACUGGUCCGCGCUCCAGUCGUCGAUCGUGUCGGGCGACGACCGCAUGCUCUUCCCGCCGUUCGGGAACUUCCUCGUCCUCCCGUCGGUCAGCCCGCUCUACGUGCCCGAGGACGCCAAGCCGUCGCAGGAGGACCUCCAGGCCGCGCGCGGGGUCAUCAUGAGCGAGGCGCAGGCGUUCGCCGCCGAGAUCCGCUCGGCGUUCGUCGCCAACCUUGUCGAGGCGCACAACGGCGCGCGCACGCUCGACUCGCCUCUCGAAGACGUCGACAAGCUCAUGCGCCUCGUCACGUCGGCCGUGCCCUGCCCGUCCGGCGCGUACUGCUCGACGUCGGCGACGUUCCCGGCCAUCCUCGACCACUUCAAGGUGUGCUCGUCGGCGGCCCUCACGGCGUCGUCGGUCUCGACGUCGCCCAUGCGUGUCCUCGCCAUUCAGCGUGUCCUCGCCGCCGUCAACGAGGUCGAGCCGGGCAAGGUCGACGCGGCCAAGACGUUGACGGCCGAGCUGUACGCUCUCGGCAACGAAGCGUUCCACUGCGAGGCGUGCCUGCCGCAGCAGGCGGCGGUCGGACCUGCCGCUUGGAGCAACGCGCACUCGACCAAGAUGGGCUGGACAAAGAUGGUCCACCACCUCCUCGUGCGCCACACCAUGCUCGGUCAGACGCUUCCUACAGUCAUCUACACGCCGCUCAAGCCGCCGUCGGACAGUGGUGACGCUGCGGCCACUGCCGAGACCGCGUCGGGCGGCUUCGUCGUCGAGGACGCCGAGUCCUGAUCCCUUUCUCUCCUCUCCUCCCCCUCCCCUCGACCCUCUUCCCCUCUCUGUCGCUUGCUGUCGUCUGCUUGUGAGUCCGCGCUUGUCUCGAGGGCGUGGGUCGUCUGCCGCCUUCCUCCCCGCCUCCCGUUUGUACCCCUCCCUCGCUUUCGCAAUGCACUUUUUCUUCAGUGCCAG